AUGCUGGGACGCGACGUCUGGAUCAGAGAUGUUCUCAUGCGCCACAUGGCAACAGCGCCUUCCUACAUUCAGCCUCUGCUGGAAGCACUGAUUCACGAGGGCCCCAAGGCCACAUGGACUGCCGACGAGGCCUUUGACUGGAUGGAGGAAAACAUCAAGAGCCGCAAGGGUCCCAAGAGGAAGCGCGACUCCUCCGUGGGGAGGCUGGAGGCCCCCAGAGAAACCCGGAGCGAGGCACCUAGCUUUAGCUCGGACCUCGCGGAAUGGGCUCGGGCCAGCAUUCCAGCCGUGUGGGUUCCGCCCUCCCCUGUGGCCGGCUCCGGGUCUUUCCAUGGAGAGGAAGGGCCUGCAGGCAAAGACCACGGUUCCCCCGGAACGGACUUCAGCCAAGCCGUGCCACCGUGGCAGCCAAGGCCCAACGUUGCCCCGGAGCCCGUCAGCGGUGGGACAACGCCGACGGAGCGGGCCGGUGCGGUGCCAAGCCCGUCUCUUCCAGACACUCUGCCAUGGGGAAGCGUCCCGUCCAGCUCUGACGACGGCAGGGAAGCGACACCGAGCCGGCAGGCCAAUUCAAUGCCGAGCCCCUCCCUUCCCGACACUGCGCCGUGGGGAAGUGUCCCAGCCACUCCAGCGGACGGCGCGGGUGCGAGCAGCGAAGCUGAGGACUAG